UUCGCCAAAGUUCACAAAGAAACACUUGGCGCAUGCGCCGCAGCGACCCUCUUCUGUUUGUCCGUUUCCAUGGCUACAAAGCCCUUCAGCGUGGAAGACUAAGAAAAUGAAGCUCAAGAGCCUCUUGCUUCGGUAUUACCCACCAGGAAUUAUGCUGGAAUAUGAAAAAGGGGGAGAACUAAAGACCAAAUCCAUAGAUUUGCUUGAGCUCAAUCCUAGUACUGAUGUCAACAACCUAGUAGAAGAGAUCCAGAAAGUGGAGCCUCUCAUCACGGUGUCUCGGACGCAGCAAAUCAGACUCCUGGUCCAGAGGCUGCAGGAGAAGCUCAGACAGCAUUGUGACCACAACUUCUACCUGUUCAAGGUUCUCAGAGCACACAUCCUGCCGUUGACCAAUGUGGCACUCAACAAGGCAGGCUCGUGCUUUAUCACAGGAAGCUAUGAUCGGACGUGCAAGGUGUGGGACACUGCAUCCGGGGAGGAGCUGCACACACUGGAGGGCCACAGGAACGUGGUUUAUGCCAUAGCCUUCAACAAUCCUUACGGUGACAAAAUUGCCACUGGGUCAUUUGACAAGACCUGUAAACUCUGGAGUGCCGAGUCGGGAAAGUGUUACCACACCUUCAGGGGCCACACAGCCGAGAUCGUAUGUUUGUCAUUCAACCCACAAAGUACAUUGGUUGCUACUGGAAGUAUGGAUACAACGGCUAAAUUAUGGGACAUUCGGAAUGGAGAGGAAGUGGUCACUCUCACAGGUCAUUUGGCAGAAAUCAUUUCCUUGUCAUUUGACACCUCGGGAGACAGAAUCAUCACAGGGUCCUUUGAUCACACAGUUGUAGUAUGGGAUACCAGUACUGGAAGGAAAGUGCACACUCUAAUCGGCCACUGUGCUGAGAUCAGCAGCGCCUUGUUCAACUGGGAUUGCUCUCUCAUAUUAACAGGCUCCAUGGACAAGACCUGCAUGUUAUGGGAUGCUACAAGUGGAAAAUGCAUAGCAACCUUAACAGGCCACGAUGAUGAAAUACUGGACAGCUGCUUUGAUUACACGGGGAAACUUAUUGCAACGGCUUCUGCUGAUGGGACAGCAAGAGUUUACAGUGCGAACACAAGGCAAUGCAUGACCAAACUGGAAGGCCAUGAAGGAGAAAUCUCAAAGAUCUCUUUCAAUCCCCAAGGAAACAGACUCUUGACGGGCAGCUCUGAUAAGACAGCCAGAAUCUGGGAUGUUCAGACUGGUCAGUGCCUCCAGGUCUUGGAGGGGCACACUGAUGAAAUAUUUUCGUGCGCUUUCAACUAUAAAGGAAAUAUAGUUAUCACAGGCAGCAAGGACAAUUCCUGCAGGAUAUGGCGUUGACCGAAGAGCUUUGCUGUGGAGCAGGGCUGUUGGCAACAAUGAUCAAGAACUUGAACUCCAGAGAACAAGUGAGCCUAUUUCCUCACCCAUGGAUCGGCCUGUCCUUCACUUACAUGCAUAACUAUGAAAUCUGAUGGACUUACAUCAUUUCUUAGUGUUAUCUUAAGUGAUGUCAGGAACAAGCAUAAUAUGUGGUAAAUGUCACUAAUUGUUUUAGUUGUGCUUUGUGUUUCAAUAGCAUCAGGAUACUGAUAAAUAAAAUCAGAGUGCCUUAUCAGUACUUCUUCCAGAUUCUAGAAUCUUCUAGAUUCUACCUGAAGGUUGAUGUUAAUUUUUUGUUCAAUAAAUAUUUAGACAAAA